AUGGAAAGUUGGAAUGAGAAACUUACUACAGCUGCUGGGAAUAGAGAUAUAGAAGCCUUAAAAUUAAGCCUACAGAAUGGUGCAGACAUUGAUUAUCAAGAUGUUGGUGGACAGACAGCAUUAAGGAUGGCUGCCUGGAGAGGACACCUGGAGAACUGUAGACUCCUCAUUGAUAGAGGAUGUAAGAUCGACAUCACAGAUGGUAGUGGACAGACAGCAUUAAUGUUUGCUGCCAGUGAAGGACACCUGGAGAUCUGUAGACUCCUCAUUGAUACAGGAUUUACAUGUUAUUUGGUUAUAUUAUUGGACGAUGGAUACACAGCUUUAGAUUGGGCUGCUGAGUGGGGACAUCUACAGACCACACAAUAUCUGGUAGAACAAGGAGGUGCCAGUCCCUUAAUUAAAACACAUGAGGGUAAGACUCCAUACGAUCUAGCAGCAAAAGAAGAAAAGGGGCAGUAUAAGGAAGUGAUGGAAUACUUACAGGAAAUAUCAAAUCCCAUUUUGACCAAACUGAGGCAGUUAAGUAAAAAUGACUUUCAGGAUCUUGUAGCUCUGGGAACAUUUGCUUCCUAUGAAAACAGGGUGUAUUUGGCUGGGCCUUGUAACAUUGGGAAAUCGUCGCUUGCAAGUAUUCUUAUCGGCGAGGAAAUUCCAAAAACAUGGUUUUCAACUGAUGGACUAAUUAUUCAUUUCGGAAGAAAUGGCAUCGACUUACAGCAACGAAAGAUGAUUCCGUUGGAAAAAGGUAGUGGUGAUAUUUUAGCGAAACUACUUCUUGGAAAUCCAGAUUUAAAGAAAAAACCAAGUCUGCCAGCUGAGAACAAAGAAGAAGUUCCAGGUGGUCCAAAAUCGAAAAUAAAGGAAUAUCAGUUAAGUUCAUCAAAUACGGAUGACGGUCCUUCUAAUAAGAAACGUCGAAAAACAACUCCAGCAUCUAGACAGACCUCUUCUGGUGGACAACGACAAUUGUCACAUCAAUCUAAUCAGGAGACACCAAAAAACCUCCAGGAACCACCAAUUCAUACUGCUAAUUCCAUUCAAGAUGACUUAUUGGUAAAGAUUAAGAAAGGUACAAAUAUCAUGAAUAUAGCACCAUCAGAUCUGGUCGAUUUUGGUGGACAAAAAUCAUUUGAUAUGACCCAUCAGUUAUUUAUCCAGCACAGGGGAACGUUCAUUCUGAUGUUUGAUGGACGUAAAGGCCUUUAUACAGAAUUAGAAGAAUAUCCGCAAGGAGAUGUUACUGCAGCAUCUAUUCUGGAGCAUUGGAUUAAUUCUGUAUUGACAUACUGUAACAAAACUGAAGAUAAAAUGCCAAGAAUUUUGUUUGCGGCCACUCAUAGUGAUAGCUUCUCAGAGGAUGAGCAAAAGAAACUGGUGCUUAAAUUCAAAGAAGAACUGCGGAAAAUGUUUUCCUUACACAAGCUUCAUGAGCAUAUCAUGUAUGACAAUGUCUUUUUCAUGAAUGCAACGGAUGCAGCAGAUCGAGAUAUUGAGCGCUUGAAGGAUACAUUAGUUGAUAUCGCCUUUCAGCAGUCAACAUGGGGACAACAGAUGCCGAUUGUUUGGGUGCCUCUUGAUUUACAGAUAUCAGAUAUGAGAGCAGAGGGAGUAAAGUUGAUAACAAAGAAGAGACUUUUAGAGAUAAACAAAUCUAAUAAUGAAUUUGCUCUAAAUGAAAGAAGAGUAGACGAUUUCUUACUUGUUCAGCACUCAAUCGGAAAGCUGUUGUAUUUCGAUGAACCUGCUUUGAGAGAUUUCAUUGUCAUUCAACCUUCAGCAAUGGUCAAUAUCCUGAGAGCCUUCGUUACAGACAUAAUGUUUUGGCCAGAAAAAGGACCUGUUCGAGACAUACUUGAAAAAUUAUCAUCUACUGGAGUUCUAAAGAAGACAGAUCUUAUUACUCUUUGGUCACAACCAGCUUUCAAGGAAAUUUUGACCGAUAUCAGAACAAAGGAAUAUAUAGUGCAAGUCCUCCUCCAUCUAGAUAUCCUUGUAGAACCUAAGUUGCUGCAGAUUCUUUUCUAG